CAAUAGAGCUCACACAUACAGCUGUUUUCUUGAUCAUCUUUGAGAUUUUAUUCUUCUGAGUUCGUUCCUCCUGUUCGGCUAUUUGCCUAUCUUUUUACACAGUUACCUUCUUUCUCUCUCUGUAUAUUCCAUACCCAAAUCCUAAGGCUUAAAGCCCAUUUGUUUCUUAGUUCCUAUCCUAAGCUAACGCUUCUGCCUGAUCGAAAUUUGGGCGAACAUCAAUGGCUCAAGCAGUGGAAGAAUGGUACAAGCAGAUGCCCAUCAUCACUCGCUCCUAUCUUACUGCGGCUAUCGUUACAACCAUUGGUUGCUCCCUCGAUAUAAUCUCUCCUUACAAUUUGUAUCUGAAUCCUAAACUUGUUGUCAAGCAGUAUCAAUUCUGGCGCCUCGUCACGAAUUUCUUGUACUUUCGCAAAAUGGACUUGGAUUUUAUGUUCCACAUGUUCUUUCUUGCUCGAUACUGCAAGCUCCUCGAAGAGAACUCCUUCAGGGGAAGAACUGCCGAUUUCUUUUACAUGCUCUUAUUCGGUGCCACUGUCUUAACUGGAAUUGUUCUUGUUGGGGGAAUGAUACCAUAUCUAUCAGAGUCAUUCGCAAAAAUUAUAUUCCUCAGCAACUCUCUUACAUUUAUGAUGGUUUAUGUGUGGAGCAAGCAAAAUCCUUUUAUUCAUAUGAGUUUCUUGGGCCUCUUUACUUUCACAGCAGCUUACUUACCAUGGGUUCUUCUUGGAUUUUCUGUCCUUGUUGGAGCCAGUGCUUGGGUUGACAUGUUGGGAAUGAUUGCUGGCCAUGCUUACUACUUCCUCGUAGACGUUUACCCGCAAAUGACUGGUCGUUUCCCAUUAAAGACCCCAUCCUUUAUCAAAGCACUAUUUGCAGAUGAUUCAGUGGUCGUGGCGCGGCCAGCGAAUGUGAGAUUUGCACCACCUCCUGCUGAGGAUCUUCACCAAGACUAAAACGAAGUUGAUAGUAGUAUUCCAGUCCACAGCAUGGGCCAAUAAGAAUGGUUGUUGGUCUUGUAACAUAGAGAAAUCUACUCCGAUUUGCUAAUUACCUACUUUUUUGUGCAUUUUUUAUAAACGAAUUUUAUCCAUAUUUGAUCAUAGUUUUUUUUUCAACUGACAACUGGAAGAGAUGAGAAAAGAAAUAGGUGUGAGAGGGUACUUUGUUUAGUUGUUGUGAAUCUGUAGUAGGCUUCGCCACCCUGGCGUACUCUUAAAAGAUAAUAUUUUCUUAUUUAAA